GACUGUUUGACAUUUGUCUCUGCAAGUCACAGCUGCAAGUUUUCGUGGUGUUUUCGUUUGGUAUCUCGUUUCUAACUUUUUAUUUUAUAAUUAUGGCCGAAAAUAAGAGAAAGUGGUGUCAAAAUUUCACGUUUGAUGAAAAGGAUAAACUUGUAAAGUUAAUGAAUACUUUUAAAAAUGUUAUAUUAAAUAAAAAGACGGACGGUACAACAAAUCAAGCGAAGAAUGAAGCGUGGGUGAAUUUGUGCACAAGAUUUAAUUCCACAGGAACCACGGCUAGAAGUAAAGAAUCUCUUAUGAGAGUCUGGGAGAAAAUGAAGACUGAUGCGAAGUUAUACAAAGCACUUAGCAAAAGCAGUUACAAUGGCACAGGAGGUGGCCCAUCGUGUGUUAAAACAGAUAUAAUUUUGGAACAAGUCAGUGACUUGAUGGGCUGAGCAUGUACAGGCAUAACUGAUGUCCAGGAUUCAGAUGCUGACCAAAUUACUGAAGCCAGUUCAUUACCAAUACUUGGUGAUGAGACAAUGGAAAUUUUAAUAUUUCAAAAUGAAAAUGAGAUGCUUUCGUUCCUACCAGUGGUUCAAUAGAGGGCUAGACAGAGAAACACUACGGGGCGACAACGACAAAAUGAACUAAACUGGCAGAAUUUUCAAUACAAAAUUAUUUCAGUCAUUUGUAUAGGUGUCGACCCACUGUAUGAUUAUAUUAUAUUUACACUGUGAUUUUUAUAUUAGAAUUUGUUUUGUUACAAUUUUAGUGCAAUACAAGAAAUAUGGAAAAUAUUGAAAAUAACGAUGUUGGGAAUAAUAAUGACAUUGCUCCAACACUGUCAUCACCAACAUCGUCUCAAUUUAUAAAGUCCACACCUAUAUGGAAAAGACGACGACCAAUAAUUAAAGAAAAUAAGGAUAAAGCUGAAGUUGUUUCAACGUUAUGUGGAGGUUUUAAAGAUUUGAAUUCUAAAAAGGCUACUGUGGAAGAUUUAAAAAUUAAAAUGUUAGAAGAAGAAAUAAAAUUUAAAAGAGAAUUGUACCAGCUGCAGUUAGAAACAGCUAGAAAGGAAUUGGAAAUUAAAACUGAAGUAUGCAACCAAUUAAAAGGUAUGUGUUUUAUUUAUUGGUGAAAUUACUAUAUAUAUUUUACAUAAUAAAUUAGAUAUUUAUAAGUUAUCAAAAUAUUGUGUAAUUUGAUUUCUGCGAAAUCCAUAUGACAAAGAAGGUCUGUCAGAAAAUGCCAUAUUAUUUAUUUGUCCCCUUGCAAUUAGCUCUUCCAGGUUAGGCACAUCAUCAUUAUUCACAGGCUGUUGCUCAUUUCUUAAUAUGCAUAUAUUAUGCAAGAUACAGCAAGCUAUAAUGACAUUAAUGGCAUUGUUUAAAGCUAAACGAAUUCCAACCGCAAGUACUGGAAACCUUCGUUUUAGCACACCAUAUUGCCGUUCUACCACAUUUCGUGUUGGGCGUUCGUGUUCGGUAUGGGCCUCAUUAUAUUUUCGUUCUCCACUUGUUGUAGGGUUGAGAUAAGGUGUCAAGAGAUGAGGCUAAAACAAAAAUAUUUUUAAGUAUUAUUGUAUAUAAUAAUGUAAUUUAUAUGAUGUAAAAUAUUUCUUUUCUAUUCCAGGUCACACCUUAAACUUUCAAAAUGUAUCAGGAAUACCUAAAAAUGGUUCUGCAAAUAACUAGUUUAAGUGUACUUUUUAAUUAAUUAAAUAUCCCUUACCCAUGCAUAAUCUUUUUAUUAAAUAAAAAGUAUUUAUUUAAUCAAUAUUUUGAGCUCUGUGAUGAAUGAUGUUAUUCUUUUUGUUUGUAAUUUUUGUAAUUCUUUUUGUAACCUACUUAAAUUUUAAUCAAUAUUAUAUUAUUAUUCUCCU